UGAAAAACGCUUAGAUGGCAUUCAGCUGAUAAAACCGAGUGGUACAUUUCUUCGGCAUUUGUUCUGUAAAUGUAAACAAACAGUGUAAGACACACACAAGUGAUAGGUGCCAAUGAAAGCAAUUUUGUAGAUACUAGAAUGUGCUUAGACUGUUACCUUGCAAUAUUUUAGUCUGCGUACUUUGUAAAUUUUAUGUGUUUAUAAAUUUAGUCAUAGAUUCGUCGAUUUAUCAAUAUUAAUUGCUAUCUGUUCGUAUAUAAGUGCACUCAAUUAAAAAAUGCCUAAUAUGAUUUGCAUUACAUAAUCAUUAUCAUUGGCAUUUUAAUCCUAUUAACAACAGUGUGAUAAAACAGCCAUUAUUAUUAUUCAGAAUGACGGCCUCUAAUGGUGGCAUACCUUCAGAAGAUAUAAAAAAUUAUUUUAAUUCUGUACAGACACCUUUUCCAAUUCCAAAUGAAGGCAAAAUUGAUACUAUACAGUUUUUAGAAGCAGCAAGAGGAGUAGUAUCAUUAAUUGAUCAGUUUGGCAAUGUUUUUGCACCUGUCAAAUACGACAUGAGUGGGAAUAUUGAGAAACUGACGCAGGUGUACAAUACGGACUUGCAACGCCAUGGAAACCUCAACGAUAUGGUACUACUGGAACAUUCGACAGGAGGUAUUCUCGCUACCGACGCAUUGAUGUGGCUCAGGAGAGCUCUCCACCUCAUCCAGAGGUUCUUUGAGCUAAUUCUCGAAGACAACAACAGUACAGGUGGCAGCACUGAGGAGCUUGUCGUCUUCCUGAAAAUGGCUUACAAGGAAACCUUGAAUGUGUAUCACAACUGGCCUCUACAAAUGUUAUUUUCAGUGCUGAGCCGGAUGUGUCCCACACGCACCAAGUUCUACCAGAUAAUCUCACUGGAGCGCUGCCACUCGGAAGCAGUCGUUUACCGUGACAUGGCGACCUUCACUGCUUCUCUCCGCAACAACGUGGAGGUUCUGGCGGCCUUCUACCAGGACAACCAGCUGGAAGUGCAAGGCAAGGUGUGAGUGACAGGGACACCAACAACAGUAAAGUCUGUUACUCAGAGGCCUUCUUAAAUAUUUGCAUUUUUUUAAAUCCUGGCAUCUGUAAAAGUUUACGCUCAGUUCAAGGAAAUUUUAAAUCGUGUUAAGUGGACACAGAUAAUCUGUGCUAACAUGUGGUUUUUUAAUUUCUAAUACAAGUCCUCAGGAAUAUCCUUAAAAAUAUAGAUAUAAAAAAGUCACCUAUUGGUUUUUAAAGCUUUUACAAUGUUUAGUUUUGAUGUAGAAGUUAUUUUUAAUUGUUUGUUAGAUUGUUGAGUUACAUAUAUGCAUAAUCUUUUAGUCGUUAGACGGCACAUUGUUUUAAAAUGUUUAAAUCGGUCUUGAUCACAACAAUAUGUUAGUACUACAUAACCCUUUCAGUGCCAGAUAUUUUUCUAGGUGACUUUGCAAAACGUGCCAAGCUGAUUUGUCGAGAAGAGCUGGUCCAAACUUUACUAUUUACUACUUUACUACAAUCGCCCACAUUAUGUUUUAUAACAUUAUACUUUUGUA